AUGGAUCAACUGCAGUUAGAGGAAACACGCGCACCGGUACCGCGAUGUAAGUUCCACGACGGAAAAACAGUCAACAAGAGAUGGACCUGCUGUGGCGAGCAUGUGAUGGGACCUCCUUGUAAGCAAGAAGAGGAUCACCAGCCUGAACAACGUACUCUCAAAGAUAUAUCCAAUCGCUGGCAGUACACUGCAACGCCAUCGUCAACGACAAAGGAUACACGCAAAGCUGUCGUGAUCGACUGUGAAAUGGGAACAGCAGCAUCCGGAGAUUGCGAGCUGAUACGGCUGACUCUUAUCGACUAUUUUUCCAGCCAUGUUGUGAUUGACAAGCUCGUCUGGCCUGAUGUUCCAAUGAGCCACUUGAACACCAAGUGGUCAGGCGUAACAUGGAAGAUGAUGUAUGAAGCACGGAACAAAGGGAAGGGCGUGUUUGGCUGGAGAAACGCACGUUCUUUGAUUUGGAAGUUCGUGAGUCCAGAAACAAUUGUCAUUGGGCAUGGUGUGAAAUCAGAUCUCACUUCAUUGCGAUGGAUUCAUCCUCGAGUUAUCGACACGCUUAUUGUCGAGGGAGAUAAUCAUGGCGCAACGACUGGGCUUUCGUUGAAGAAGUUGGCUGAGGAGCGGUUGGGCAGAGUCAUACAGAAAGGGAGAGGCCACGAUAGCCUUGAGGAUGCGACUGCUACACGAGACUUGCUUCACUGGAAUAUUGUGAGAAUGGUUAAGGGUACAGAGGCUUGA